CAAACCCCCCCUACAAUGUUUUUUUUUUUGUCACCUAUAAUUCAUGGCUGGUAUGUUAAUAUUUUUCAGGCAGCCAUCCAGUCUCAGCUGGAUGGUGUUCGCACCGGACUAACUCAGUUGCACAGUGCUUUGCUUGAUGUAAAGGACAUCCAGAGCUCGCUGGCUGAUGUGAGCAAAGACUGGAGGCAAAGCAUCAACACCAUAGAGAACCUGAAAGAUGUCAAAGAUGCUGUAGUUCAACAUAGUCAGCUGGCCUCUGCUGUGGAAAACCUUAAAAACAUUUUCUCAGUCCCAGAGAUUGUGGAAGAGACCCAGCAGCUGAUAGAGCAGGCAGAGCUGCUUCAGGCCCACAGAAAGCUGAUGGAGCUGGAGAGUUCCCGAGACGACCUCAUGUAUGAGCAGUACCGUAUGGACAGCAAGAACACCAGCGACAUGCAUCUCAUUUCUAUCUACUUUGAAGAUGUUCAGCGGUUAUCAGAUGAGCUUGCCAAACAGCUAUGGAUGGUUCUGCAGAGGGCCAUGGCUACGGUUCGUCGGGACCCCACCAUGCUGGUGUCAGUGAUUCGUAUCAUUGAGCGUGAGGAGAAGAUCGACCGGCGCAUGGUUGACCGUAAAAAACAGACAGGCUUCAUCCCGCCUGGACGACCCAAAAGAUGGAAAGACAGAAUGUUUGAGGUAUUAGAGUGCACUGUCAGCACCCGCAUUGAGGGCACCCAGGCAGUGACAAGAGAGGCUGAUAAAAUGUGGCUUGUUCGUCUUCUGGAGAUAAUGAGGAAAUACGUUUUAGAUGACCUCAUUAUUGUCAAGAACCUCAUGGUUCAGUGCUUCCCGCCACAUUACAACACCUUCAACAGGUUUUUCAGCCUUUACCACAAUGCUGUUUCUACUCGUGUCAAAGAACUGGCAUCUGAGGAUUUAGAGGCCAACGAGAUAGUGUCCAUGUUAACCUGGGUCCUCAAUACCUAUAAGAGUGUAGAAAUGAUGGGCCAUGCAGAGCUUAUUGCUGAGUGCGACAUCAACCAGCUAGAGUCAUUGCUACCUCAGGAUGUGGUGGAUGAGCUCCUCAGCAAAUACGUCCAGACUUUCACAUCUAAUAUUACUGGCUGGCUGAGGAAAGCCCUCGAAACAGACAAAAAGGACUGGCAGAAAGAAACGGAACCUGAAGCUGAUCAGGACGGGUACUACCAAACCACACUGCCUGCCAUUGUCUUUCAGAUGUUUGAACAGAACCUGCAAGUGGCUGCACAGAUUGAUGGGGACUUCAAAGAGCAGGUUCUCAAACUCUGCCUGAAACAGAUGAACUCAUUCCUCAUUAGGUACAGAGAAGAGUCUGUGGCCUACAAAGAGGAACACCUGAGAGAUCGACAGCUGCCUCAGUGUUACGUGCAAUACAUGAUCGCCAUCAUAAACAACUGCCAAACAUUCAAAGAGUCCAUCAACAGUCUAAAGAGAAAGUACUCUCAGUCCUCUGAGCCCACUGACAGUGAUGCCGCCAUAGAACGGACACUCAACGAGGUGGCCAAGGAGGGGUGUCAGUUCCUCUUAGAUGAAGUCUUCUUAGAUCUUGAGCAUCACCUCAAUGAGCUUCUAACCAGAAAGUGGUUGACAGGCUCUCAUGCUGUGGACACGAUCUGUGUGACUGUGGAGGACUAUUUCAAUGACUUUAACAAGAUCAAGAAACCCUUCAAUCAGGAAAUGACGAGUGAAGCCCUGCGCAGGGUUGUGGUAGACUACAUCAAGGCAGUGAUGCAAAAGAGGAUCACCUUUAGAAAUGCUGACGAGAGGCGGGAAGGAGCUGAGAGAAUGAUCAAAGAGGCUGAUCAGUUCAAGUUCCUCUUCAGAAAACUUGCUGGCGGAGAAGAUACUGAUCGUCUUUGUGGAGCCAUUGUGGCCAUUGCUGAAGUCUUCAAGCUGACUGACCCGACACUGCUCUUCCUGGAAGUCACAACCCUGGUUUCCAAAUACCCCGAUAUCAGAGAGGAGCAUAUCCAGGCGCUGCUAGCGGUGCGUGGUGAUGCCAGCAGGGAAAUGCGCCAGAUGAUUAUCGGAACGCUCAGCGAGAACAAAGUAUCUUAUGGUGGUGUCACACAGCCCAUCUUCAAAGAAAUCACUGUGCCCACUAUCACCAUGACUACCAUGACUACCAUGACCUCCAUGGCAACUGCAAAGCUGCUUAAAUAAAGCCAAUCCUAUCA